AUGGUAGAAAGCGGUGGUGGAAAAUCAACUCUUGAUGAAAUAAUCAGGGAAGAAGAGAGGAACAAGGAAAAAAUCAACAGGAAGGAUUAUUGGUUGCAUAAGGGGAUUGUUGUUAAGGUUAUGAGCAAAGUCUUGGCAGAGAAGCGAUAUUACAAACAAAAAGGUGUUGUGAGGAAAGUAAUUGACAAGUACGUAGGGGAAAUAAAAAUGUUAGAAAGUAAGCAUGUGCUUAGAGUUGAUCAGGAAGAGCUUGAAACUGUGAUACCACAGGUUGGGGGACGUGUAAAAAUAGUAAACGGGACUUAUUGUGGAUCUCUUGCUAGGCUGCUCGGGGUGGAUAGAGAUCGAUUUUGCGCUAAGGUGCAGAUAGAGAGAGGCACUUAUGAUAGUAGGGUGCUUAAAGUUGUGGAAUAUGAGGACAUAUGUAAAGUAGCCUAG